GGGAAACGAAGCGAUGUUCAUUGAAGAAGGGAAGAAAUGGGUAAAAGUACUUGAGCAGAGAUGCUUCGUCAAUGAAGAUAACCUUCAAUCCCUGUCGCUUAACGGUAUCCAGAUCGUACAUGCCCAGAAGGAUUCCAUACUCUUCAAUCAAAUCCUUCCCAAAGAAUUAGCUGAUAGAACAGGGAAUUGCCAUGUGGGAGCGAUAGCUGCUAUAAUCGAUGCAGUUGGGGCGACAGCUAUAGCGAUUUACACAGGAAUGGGCCUCAAAGUCUCUGUUGAUUUCUCCAUUUCCUACUUCUCAACUGUUAAGAUCCAGGAAGAGGUGGAGAUUGAAGCUAAGGUGGUAGCAAACAAAGGAAAGCUCUCAUUGACGACGGUGGAGUUUAGGAGGAAGAAGGAUGGAGUGUUAGUUGCUUUGGGUAAGCAAUGGAUGUCUCAAGUCAAUGUUAUUCCAGGUUUUCAAGCUCACCGAACUAGGCUUUGAUUUCCAUCCAAAAU